GAUAGUAGAGUUUCUUAGGGUUUAUAAAUGACCGGUCUUAAAGGAACCAGAGAAGUAAUUUACACGUAUGCUCCACCUCCUAACGGUCGAAACCUACAUGAAAACGAGAGAUUUGAAGUUAGACUUGCAGCUGACAGAGAUAGACAAGAGAGAGGAGGGAGAGAUAGCAGGCAAGCAAUGACGAAAAGGAGGCAGUUCUCUGUGGCCUGUUUGCACUGAGUGGACUGUAACUGGGAUGAGAGGCCUGGUGAGCUGGAGUCUGACUUCCUGUUAGCUGAGGGUGAGGUGGGCAUGUAAAAAAAAAUAAAAAAAUACAGAAGUAUCCAAAAGAAAAGAGAAACUUUCCUGUUCUUGUUACACCUGUUGCCAUAUCAGACUGCUUGAUGGCUGUUACCCAGGCUGUGCUCCCUUCCUUCAGCUCCUUCUCCAACCUCUCUCACUCCACUGACAAUAUGAAAGUGUGUAAGUCAGAUGGGUCUCUCCCUUUGGACUCCCCAAGCACUAAACUGUCACCAAAGAGCUCUGAGCAACUGCAGGUCUCUGAACAAAUGGCAGAGGAGCUCCUGGAUGAUGACAGCCAAGCAUCAUGGGACAUUGAGUUUCUGCUGUCAGAGUGGCGCAGCCCUUCCCCCGACCCUAGCCCCUCUCUCAACAACAGCAACCAACUGCUUCCGCAGUUUGACCCAAACACUGCAUACCAAGAGACGAGUGUGCUUAAGGACCCAUCAGGACAGGAGAGUCUGCAGAUGAACAGCGGCAGCCUCAUGGCUGAGCUCAUGUCCCCUGCUGAAACCACCACAGUCCAGCCAGAGCUGUACCAGCGUAGUUUUAAUGAUGAUCAAACAGGUCGAACUUUAUUUUCUAAUGUGCAUAACGUAAAUCAGUUUGACUUCUCCCAAGGAGGAAGUGUUGAAAGACACAGCAGAGGAAGCCUCAGUAAGGUUGCAUCAUGGGACUUCAACCCCUACUAUCACCACCACCACCAACAGCAACAGCCUCCCGUGGUGGCCAUCCCUGAAAACAGGUUCAUCCGACCUCAGCCUGUGACUCCUGACCCUCGACACUACCGCUACUUGCCCCACUUUAACCACACUGCCAGCCUUUACUGUGACUACAACCACAGCCAGGGGCAUUUGCCCCUGCACCAGCAGCCUCUGCUGGUUGGACAACAGGUGCCCCCUAGUGGGUUGGAAGGGAAGCGUGGCAGAAGAGCUACGGGGAAAAAGAGACCAGCCAUCCACAGCUGUGAAUACCCCGGCUGCAGCAAGACCUACACCAAGAGCUCGCACCUCAAGGCUCACCUCCGCACCCACACAGGUGAAAAGCCUUACCACUGUUCAUGGGAGGGCUGCAGCUGGAAAUUUGCCCGCUCGGAUGAGCUGACACGUCACUACCGCAAGCACACGGGUCAGAAACCGUACCAGUGUAUGCUCUGUCAGAGAGCCUUCUCUCGCUCAGACCACCUGGCUCUGCACAUGAAGAGACACAACUAACGCUCUCGCAUAUACACAAAUCUACACCUCUGCCAUUAUAGGACAUUUUAAUUAAAAAGUAGACAAAUUUUGUCUGAAUGUAGGACCUCAAAACUCAUCCGGUGUAGAUGUUUUUGGUAUACUUACAAAACAAAUGAGAUAGGUCUAACUCAAAAUCUAAUUGAAAACCCUUCAGCUUCAGAAAUGAUUGAUAUCCGUCACUCAAAGAGUGACCAUUAGUAAUUGCUGAAGCACCGGUAAUUAGAGGAGUACUCCACAGAAAAAAGAUGGAGCAGGGGACUUGCUGCAGGCAUUGUAGCAAGUUUAUCUCCUUUGUCUCUCUCUAUUACACAUAUUUUAAUUUUGAGAACCUUCAGUGGUGUUUCCCUGUUCUUGAAGGGCACCACGUCUAUUUUUAUUAUAAAACUCUGCUGUAGUAGCAUUGCAUGAGUCACAGUUCAAAACAAAACUUCAUCUUAUAUUAAAUCUUGGUGCAACGCCUCAUGUUAUCCCUGGUCUCAAAGAAGCCAGCUUUACCAUGACUGGCUGCUCGUGUGGGGCUUUUGUGCUAAGAUGACCGUUUUAGAGAUAUCUACCUCUGUGACAUCAUACAAAAGAAGUUGUAGAAACUGAAAGUCUGACACCUGAACAUUUAGCUGAUAGGAUUACUCACACGUACACUGACCUCAAUACGUGAAACCUUAGCCUUAUUUAACAUGAGCAUCCACCAUUGUUGACAGACAAUAUUAGAUAGGCAGAUAAUAUUGGGUACCCUUUAACCAUCACAUCUACAUAUCUGAGCACAACAGUUACCUUAAACCUUAAAUCAAAGUCCUAACUUAACCUGGCAGCAUGUCAACCAGAAGAAGACAACCUUUGUAAAAUAAGCAUGUCUAAAACUAUAAGAGCCGCUUUUACAAACACUAUACACACUGUGGGUUUACAGACAGUGGACUUAAACACUAACAAAAGACCUAAAAGUGUUUGUAGCAUUGGUUACAAGAUGACACACAACAGUGUAUCCAGAACUCACAGCUUACGAAGAAAGCCACGAGUGCUUAUUAGCCAUGCUUAAUUAUGUCAGCACUGAGAUGAUAUAGUCAUCUCAAAUUCUGUUCCCCUUACAGGCAAAGCAAGAGGAAGUACUGAUAUUUGGCAGAUUUUGGCCAAGUGCAAAUAUCAAUGUUUAAUUUAAUUUAAUUUUUUUAAUUCCCACCUUUUUGUGCAAGGGAAAGAAAGAAUACUGCACUGCAGUAUGAUUUUAUGUCCUUACAAAGUAUCUGAUAACUAUAAAUCUAUUACACUGGGUUCUAUACAGUUUAAAAGGACCACAAAACUGAUGUGACACAACAGUUAAACAUCAUGCAGUCAGAAAGAGAAACACUGACCCAUACUCAUGAGCUGGUGUGUCCAAAGUGGUAAUAGAAAUAUGACUUAAAUUAUAUGUGAAGCAAACUAAUAUUGGUUUAUUUUUUUAAACAUAUUUUUAUUUAAAAAUAAGCAUUUGCUAAAGCUGUAAAUAAUCAGUAUUUUUCUGAGCUCUCUAUUGUCAUUAAAAACUAAGCAACAUAUUUAUUGUCACGAUCUUUUACAACAGCAGAAGAUACUAUAUUAUUUGUAAAAUAUUUUUAUUUCAAAAGAGCGUUGUUAGCAUUGUUGUGUUAAGAAUUUUUAAGAUUGUUUUAAUUCCAACAAUAAAGACUUUUAAUUCUGUAAAACUGUUGGUCAGUCGAGCCUGAUUUAAAAAUAAAUAAAUAAAAAAUAAAUACAAAUAAAUCACAAAACCAUAAAGCUGGGACUUCAAAAUUAUUGAGAAAUACUAUGAUAUUUGUCAGCAAUGGAAUUUUUUUUUUUGUUUAAUGGUUUAUUAGUUACUUUACUACUCUUUUUGCACAAUAAGCCACGAUUUAUGUCCUUGUCAGUACUGCAAAACUGCAUUUUUCAGUCAUUAGUACAUCAAACUGGACCCUCCAGUGGGCCGGUUCUGGUCCGUGGGCUGAAUGUUUUAUACUCCUGCCCUUAAAUAUUGUUUGCUUUACAGCAAGAUUAGGAAGAAUUGUCCGUUUCAAGUCAUUUGGGGUUUUCAAAGAAAGUGAAAACACAUUUUUCAUUUUCCAUGAGAGAGAAAGCACUAUGUUUGAUAUCAGCAUUUGACCUCUAGAUGUCAGUGUUCUGUUAUCACGUCGGUCCUCCAGGCUGCAGGCAGGUAUCAGCAGGCUGUAGGCGGCUGUGUCUGCUGUGUUUCUAAUCUGGGUAAGGGUGAGGUAAGGAUGGGGAUCUGCUUAUGUAACACGGUGCACUGAUUCAUCCUGAUUAUGUCAGAUGAUGGAGUUCAUCAUCACAUUAAGAAGCUUCCUCUCCCUCCAUCUAACAAAUAUAUAGAAUGUUGUGUAUUGCAUACCCUCAGGGAAGACAAACAGACUCACAACCUCACACACUUACCAGCAUCUACAACACAUGCUUAAGCAUACACAUUCAGCAAUGAAUCUGCACUGCUUUGUAAACAAAGUUAGAAAAAACCACUGCUGACCUAAUGUGAUCCACAGCAAAGCAUUAAUAUUGACAGUAUUUUUAGUUGCAUAAAAGAUCACAGAGAUUCUGAGGCUUUGGUAAAACCUCAAAAAACAAAAACAAACCAAAAAAGAGAGAGGGUUUGGUGCAUGAACAUAUUUUAAAAUGAGAGAUAUUCAUUUUAAAAUCAUUUAUUGUAAUUGCAAGUUUCCACUCUGUAAAUGGAUUUAACUUCCAGAGCAUGAUACUGAAGUGAUGUAAUUUUGUACAAAAGCCUGUUUGUAACUUUUUAUAAGCUUACAUGGAAAUACUAAGUUCUUCGACAGAUUCAAUAAAAUCCACGAAAUUCCUCUUUAAUAAUAUGGAAGUCUGACGUACAGUUAAUUUAACCCUCAUGUUCUGGAUUUUCUGGUAUGUGAACAGGAACAGUUAUAUCUUUACCUCUCAUGAGACCAGUUAUGCAAUCAUACAAAUGUUUUGCAGGAGCCCAACCAAGUCAAGGGUUAGUUUUAGAGUUUGCUCUGUACUAGCGAUUAAGACUGAGCUGCUGCAGCUAGGUCCACUUUGAUGUGCUACCAUGGCUAAAACUGGGUUCUUAAUCCUGCUAAUCGGGGACAACAUAAUGAAUGUUGAGCAGAGACGUUAACUAGCUAGUACAUGCAUCAACACAUAAAUGCCUUAGUCAGAGCCUGAAAUAGCUACAUGAAGUUAAUAGUAAAUGAUGCCUUUUAAUCUAAGAGCUAGAAAGUCCUUAAAAGGGACCUAAUAUGCUCAUUUCCAGUUCCAUAACUAUGUUCUUGGACUCUAUUAGGGUAGCUUUGCAUGACCAACAGUUCAAAAUAAACCUUAUUUACCUUGUGCUUGGUCUUGGUGCAGGCCUCCCAGUUUAUCAUGGUCUACCAUAACCUGUUUUGCCUUCCAAAAAACAGAAGGCUUGAACAGCAGGUCGGCGGGGCUUCUGUGCACACAGCCAGAGCUGUGUUCUUGAGAUGAGCAUUUUGGAGACUAUUUGCAGAUACACUUAAUGCAUUAUUUGAAAUUUUGGUCAGAAUGAGGUCAGAAAUGAAAUGAGCAGAGCCAAUGAGAACUACAGAAGCGAAAUGAUAAGAAUUUAGUGAUUCCGAUUCAUUAUUGAUUCUCUUAUUCUCUUUACUUUGAUAGUAAACACCAUCGCUAAGCAGCAUAUCAAAGACAUUCAUGCAAAUUAAUGACAUGUCGUGGGUCAAAUGCUUGUUCAUGUUGGAGGUAUUUCCCCUCUUUAUUGUGAUCACCAUUGGGGUCAUUACUCAAAAAAGGUAAUAUAUUGUACAGAACAUUUUUCAGGUAGAAAUAGAGGCUGCAGCCUGACUGCUCAUCUGUUUGUUAUCUGUUGAAGUUCAGAGUCUGGCUCCUGUGCCGGGGCUGCGCUGGGUUCUUGGCUAGCUUUGCGUUAGCAUGCUGUCUGUGUAGAUCAGGCUUGGCCAACUCCAGGCCUCGAGGGCCAGUGUCCUGCAAGUUUUAGA